AUGUGUGGGGAAUCGUCCCCUCGACCAGCCAGCGGCGGCACCAUCGCCGUUCUCUUCCCUCCGCAAGACAUCACAUCCUCAGUCAAAGAUAGUCCAGAUAGUCCCGAGAGAUGUCUCUCCUCGUCCCCCGAAUCCAUAGCCUCGACGACGUCGUGCUCCUCCCUUCCAACGAAGAUGUCGUCUUACUCCCUAUUCUUUCGAGACUCGGACCACUGCCAUCCAGACGGUCAAAGCCAGACGACAAGGGUCAUCUUUCACUUUUCCGACUGUGACACAUAUCAAGCCCUUUGUGGAGAGCGUGAGGUGCAGAUGCGAAUAGAAACACAUGGGGAUCUGUCCUCGAGCACGCAGGGAUUGACUCCCUUGCAUGUUUUCCGUCUGAAGUUAUCACAUUCUUUGAGGAAGAGAGCGAGCAAAGGCAGGGCAGAAGUAGAGGUACAUCUGGCUGAGAAAUUGGACUUGAAUGUCUCGACUCGGGGUGUGGUUGGGCGACAGGUCAGUCUCUGUGAUGCAGACGGUGUGCUGUUGGGAACUGGCAUCAUUGGAUAUAAUUGA